AUGAAGCUCGCUGCUUUGACACUGGUCGCGUCUGUGACGGCCAUCGACUACCUCGGCGGCUUUGUCGAGCCCGCGCAUAAGCAGUGCGUCGACAUUUGCAAGAACUCGAACCCGAAGCCCGGGUGUUUUAACCCCGCGGACGACUGCCACACCAAGCUCCAGCGACCGGGCGACUACGACUACAUGGUUUUCGACCAGAUCUACGCGCCGCAGUUCUGUCGCGACCUCGACAACGGCGUCGACUCGAUGAUCACGCACCAGAACGUCGCCAAGGGCGGUCUCGCGUGCGCCAAGCCCGUCAACUCGGAGCUCUUCAUCCACGGUCUUUGGCCCAACUACAACGCCGGCUACCCCGGGUGCUGCAACGUCACCGACGCGAUUCCGAACCAGCCAUUCGACGCGGCCACGUUUGCGACCAAGUUUCCGACUCUGUUCAAGAACAUGACCGAGCAGUGGAUCGAUCCCGCGGUCGGCGACGCCACGGAGCGUCUCUGCCAGGGCUACAACCACGAGUUCCAGAAGCACGGCAUCUGCUUUGGCGCGUUCGGCGCCGACUACGACCGCGCGGCGGCCCAGUACUUUCGCGCGGUCUUGGACGUCAACGUGCGUCUCACGGACGCGACGCAGCAGGUGGCGUCCUGGGCAGCGUCGAUGGCCGCCAACGUGACGCUCAGCGACGUCCAGAAGCUCUACCCCAAGAAGAUCAACAUUCUCUGCUCGACCGUCAGCGGCGAGUUGGCCAACCGCAUCGUGGCCGUCCGCACGUGCUGGUCCAAGGCCGUGCCCAAGGACAGCUGUGGAGAUGCCGAACUCAUUGCUGGUGCGCCGCAGGACUGCGCCGGCGCGCUCUCCACCACGUGCAACGCAGCGUUGCCGCUCGAUUUUUCGGCCUACUCGGUCUACUAAUGCGCCAAGUGGUAUACAUUGUCGUAACAAAUGCA